AUGCAUGUGAAAAACAUUCAUUGGUUGGUGAUUGAAGAUGCCAAUGAGACUUAUCCAUUAAUCGAUAAAUUUCUUAAAAAAACUGGGAUCAAAUACACUUAUCUCCACACAACUAAUAGAGGACUUCCUUGUGAGAAAAGCCUGAAAAUAAUAUUAAUUUCAUUAUUUAGGUAGAGGAUGGGCUCAAAGAAAUCUCGCCUUUGAAUAUCUGAGACAACAUCGAAAUCAAUUUGGGAAGAAUGACGUCAUCUACUUUGCGGAUGACGAUAAUGCUUACAAUUACCGAAUUUUCGAUGACUACAUUCGGAAAGUGACUAGAAUGGGCGUUUGGGCUGUGGGUAAGGCAACUCUCUGCUUGACCAAUCAACCACUUUUAUUGUUUGACUAAUAUUUUAUUGUCUUAGGCACUUCCGGCUCGACCUAUGUUGAAAGUCCAGUAGUGGAAGAAGGGAAGGUCGUCGGAUUCCAUGUAAUGUUUAGGCCGGAAAGAAAAUAUGCCACAGAUAUGUCGGGAUUUGCACUAAAUAUUGAUGUUUUACUCAAUUCAAAGUGAGUUUCACGGGAGUUUUUGAUUGAAUAGAUUUAGGAGCGGGUUUAUUAUCUAUUCUUUGAUCUUAAAUCUAUUUUUAUGUACAUAGGAAGAUAAUGCCGGACACGACAAUUUCUCUUCAAAUAUUGGGAAUUAGUAGAAUUCAAAAAAUAUUACAUAUACAUUAAAAAAACUAUGUUAAAAAGCUUUCAGUGCUACCUUCAACUUGCACUGUGCGGGUACUGUGCCGGAAGAAUGUUUUCUUCGGCAAGUUAAUGUCCCUUAUGACCAAUUAGAACCCUUUGGUUAUGGAACGAGAGAGGACAAAGAGAUCUACGUCUGGCAUCGACGAACGGCCAAGGCUCAUGUUCUGCCUUGGCCGACGAAUGGAUAUGCGAUUGAAGAAGAAAAGAUUCAGCCGAGAUCCUGCGAUCGCCUCAGGAAUAUUAAUCAUGUCACUUAUGAGGAAAUCAAGUUGCUAUCAGAGUUGGGCGAUGACUGA